AUGGCAGGUGCCAACGACGACGACGACGACGGUGGUGAGAUGGUAUUCCCCACGUCGCAGGCGAGCUCGCAUUUCCCCCUCGAGCCGGUGUCCGCUGCCGUCCUCUGUAGUCGGGAGACGAAGCGGAGAGAUGCGGCGGUGGCGAGAGGUAGAGUGAGAGUUGGGAGCCGGGAGGUCGAUGAGGAGGUUCUCGGUGGCGGGUUUGAGAGGGGAAGUGUUGUUGGGCUAAGUUCUGAGAGUGAGCAGAUGGGAAUUCUGAUCUCGAUGCAGGCGCUGGCAAAGACACUCUGCGGAAGCGAGUCCGAGAGUGAUGGAGAAGGCAAGGAGGCGAGGGUGAUGGUCGUCACGACGCAGCCUCCUGCGGCUAUUCUCCCGCCAUUGAGGGACGCCAUUCGAACGGAGCUCGUGGUGCGCGGCACCGCUGAGGUGGAUGUGGUGACGAGGUUGAGGAGGUGUUUGGGGAGGGUCUCUAUCUCGAGGGUGUUUGAUCUCGAGGGCUUGUGGGAGGCUCUCGGUGAUUUGGACAUUCCGCCUGAGAGUCCUGAGCCACGCGUGAUCUCCUCUUCCCCGGGGGUUCGGGCACCACCUAGGGAGCGGUUGGAGAAGGAUGGUGACGAUGAUGGUGCGGAAGGCGAGAAGAAAGAUGAAGCGGUCGCGGAAGACCCGGUCAGUGUGGAAGUUUCUGCUGAUGAUGCGGCGAUUUCUUCGAGGAGGCAUGCUGCGCCAGGGCCGGAACUAUCUCAACAGCCCGAGAGGAUUGUGUUGCCGGAACUCAAGCCACAGCCUCAGCCAGCUAGGUCUACGAAAACAGAGAUCGCCGACAGCGACGAGGAUGACGACGAAGACGCCAUCUCGCUGCCAUCUUCGUCGUCUUCGUUGUCACCGCCGCCUUCGACAAUUCGGUCCCCGACACCUUUUGUGGACGCAGGUUCUCGCGAGAGAGCAGAUGAAGUGGAAGUCACUGGCGUAGAGGAGGACGACUUAGACAAUAACGCUGAAGAAACACCAGAACAAGUCACAGAAGAGCCUCACGAGGAGGAGGAGGAGGAGGGGGAGGAGCCUGAGAGAAGACCACCGCCAGGAGACGAGAUCCCCGCCAACGCGAUCCCAGCUGUAGCGGCACCCGAGAAAGGAUCCCCAGAAGACGACGAUUCAAAAGGCCCAGCCUUGCCGGACAUCAUCCUCAUCACCCACUUCCACAGCCUCAUGGCGGCCCUCUUCACCCACCGCGACCGCCAGUCCGCGCACGACUCGCUCCAACACCUCUCUUCCCACCUGCGGUAUCUAUCCAGGAACCUACAGACCAGCCCGUUGAUUAUACUCCUCAAUAGCACGAGCUCUUCAAAGCAAUCGACGACAAUCAAGCCGGCGAAUACCCAAGGCGGUCCGCCGGCGCCGGCGCCACCGAACCGAGGAGAAAACGGCGCUGGCAGUAGUGGCAAGGCAGCCGAUCCGACCCUCCAAUCAAUCUUCAACCCGCCUGCAUUGAACAUCAAGGGCUACGGCUACGGCGGAAACCAAGCUGCGUCGAGAAGGAACAAACCCACCUUUGGGCUCGUGUUUUCGCAGCUUCUUGAUUUGCACCUGCUCUGUACCAAGAUACCUAGAGAUAAGGAGGAUGCUGAGAGGCUAUAUGCUGCUGUGCCCGGUGGUGGUAGUGGGGAGAACGAUGGCACCGGGGUCGUGAGGUUUGUCUGGGCUUUGGAGGUUCUUCUCGAUGAGAGUGGUGUUUGGGAGCACGGGACGGGGGUGGGGGCGGGAGCGGAAGCGGGAGGAAGAAGGAGGACCCCGAGGAAGAGCAGAGAGCAGAGAUGGGGCGCUAUUGAUGUCAGGGGUGGGCGGGUGGUCGAUGCGUUUGAAGCUGUGGAGAGGAAGAAGAUUGGCGAGAUUCGGGUCGUUGGCGGGUUUGGGGGCCCGAGAGUGUGA